AUGAGUUCCGGACACAGGCACCAGGCCAUGGUGCUUUAUGGCGCCCAGGACCUUCGACUGGAGACGGUCGACACUCCAGCACCCGGGGCAAACGAGGUGCAGAUUCGACCGCGAGCCACAGGAAUCUGCGGGACGGACAUCCACUACUACGAGCACGGGCGCAAUGGGAACUAUGUCGUUCGCAACCCGUUGGUCCUCGGCCACGAGGCUGCUGGUGAGGUCGUCGCCGUGGGCAAAGACGUGACCUCAGUCGCGGUCGGGGAUCGAGUGGCCAUCGAACCACAGCGGCCGUGUGGCGGGUGUAAGCAGUGCAAAGGGGGGAUCUACAAUUUGUGUCCCAACCUCAGGUUCACGGGGUCAGCGACCGCGGAUCCUCCUGUGCAGGGUUCUCUCCAGCAGGUCUACAACCACCCAGCGAGUUUCGUGCAUCGCCUCCCCGAGAGUCUCACAUUCACCGAAGGCGCUUUGAUCGAACCGCUCUCAGUUGCCAUGCACGCAGGACGCCGUGCGGGACUCGAAGCCGGGCAGUCCGUGUUGAUCAUGGGCGCUGGUGCCAUUGGGCUUCUCUGCGCCAGUGUCGCCCGGCUGUCUGGCGCGUCGAGAGUGUGCAUGGUAGACGUCGACCAAUCUCGGCUCGACUAUGCACACUCUCACAAGCUUGCCGACCACGUCGAGCUGAUGCCACGGGGUCAAUGGCAGGACUUGUCCAAGGCAGAGAUCUUUGCGCGCACGGCCCAGCAUCUCCUCGGCCAGCCCGGGUUUGGACUUGCGGACCGGGUGUUCGAGUGCACCGGGGUCGAAACGUGCGUCAAUGUCGGCAUCCACUGCACCGCACCGGGCGGCAAGGUGGUCUUGGUCGGCAUGGGCAGUCCACUGCAAUCGGUCGACGUGGGAGCAGCCGCGAAGCGCGAAGUCGACUUGUUGGGGCUCUGGCGGUACGCCAAUACCUUUGAAACCGCCAUCGAGCUGCUGGCUUCCGGUCGCCUGGACGUUAAGUCACUGGCGACCCAUCGCUUCGAGCUCCGCGAGGCGGCCAAGGCGUUUGAUCUGGUGCUUCAAAAGCCGCAGGGUCUGAUCAAGUGCGUCAUCUCGUCAGAUUAG